UCCAGUCCAAGAAAAAGUCGACGCCACCUCACCACGGGGGACGCGCGGUCGCCCGUCGCCGCCGGCCGCCGGCCGCGACCAUGGCCCACGGCAAGCGCAGCGUCGCGGAGACCUUCUCCAGCCUCCGGGAGCGCGGCAAGACGGCAUUCAUCCCAUUCAUCACCGCCGGUGACCCUGAUUUGGCGACCACGUCGAAGGCGCUUAGGAUCCUCGACUCCUGCGGCUCGGACGUGAUCGAGCUUGGCGUGCCCUACUCGGAUCCGUUAGCUGAUGGUCCAGUCAUUCAGGCUGCAGCAUCCCGCGCGCUUAAGAAAGGCACCACGCUCGGUUCUGUCUUGGGGAUGCUCACGGAGGUUAUACCGGAGCUGUCUUGUCCAAUAGUUCUCUUCACAUACUACAACCCGAUUCUAAGGAGUGGGGUGCGGAACUUCAUGGCUAAGAUUAAGCAAGCUGGUGUACAUGGUCUUGUCGUGCCUGAUCUUCCUUUGGAGGAGACAACAUUGUUGAGGAGUGAGGCAACUAUGCAUAACAUAGAGCUGGUGCUACUUACAACACCAACCACACCAACAGAGAGGAUGAAGGAAAUCACAAAAGCUUCAGAAGGAUUCGUUUAUCUUGUGAGUGCUGUCGGAGUUACAGGUGCACGCUCAAAUGUAAACCUACGCGUUGAGCAUCUUCUUCAGGAGAUCAAGCAGGUUACAGACAAACCUGUGGCUGUUGGCUUUGGCAUAUCAACUCCAGAGCAUGCGAAGCAGAUCGCAAGCUGGGGAGCGGAUGGUGUGAUUAUUGGCAGUGCAAUCGUUAGACAGUUGGGCGAAGCCGCUUCUCCUGAAGAGGGACUGAGAAGAAUAGAAGAGUACGCCAAGAGCAUCAAGGCUGCUAUUCCAUGAGAUGGGCAGUUCCAUCAUGAACAAGCCAAUUAGUAGAUCGUAAGCAUGUUGUUUAUCAUCUGGUAGUCUGCUCGGUGGACCUGGAAUCUGUAAUUCGUCCAGCAUAUUUGAUUCCAGUGCUCAAAACAAUUAUAUCUUUGUGUGUUAGAAUCACAAUAUGAAUUAACAAGGUAAUUGUUUCUCAUUUCCCUUUUGAGGAAAAAAAUUGUGAGAUGUGUGUUCUUAUGUGGAAAUAUGGAAUGUUAGAAUUUGGAAGGACUUA